AUGGUUUUUACUUUGCAACAGAGUGACAAGUCGCCACUGCCACCUGCGCCCUGCCGGUCACUACCUCCGCUAAACAAGAACACAACAUCCGCUUCCCACUCUCGCUCCGUCAACACGAGUUUCAACAUCACUGAACAACCACCAUCUCGAGCUUCACCUCUAUCAACAGCCCAAAUCCGCUCCCUACUUCAUCUCCUUCCGUAUUCAACCAUUGGUAAGGCUAUGUUUGUAGGUAAAGUUAUAGAUGAAGACGUUGAGAGCUUCAACAUGGCUUCAAAAUGUUUCGAAGAAAAUAUAGGAUGAGCUUGGUUGAAGUGAAGAGGAAAGGGAUUUGAUGCAGGCCCAAAGAGGAAAACCGAUUGUUUAUGACUUUGUAACAUUUGGGAGGGUUAAUAAGCUCAAGUGUAGAAAUAAUGGAAACAUAAAGAGAGAGAAUUCAGGGCCAAAGAGUCCCUAUAUACUCAUAUUGCUUCUCAAACCUUCACUUUCUGUGGACUUGCAGCUACAACAAACAAUUUCAAGCCUGAUUGCUUCUUUUAGUCAGUUGAUUUGGUAAGGAAUUGUAAUAGAAAACUAUAUAUGUGCUUCUUAUUGGCUCUUGAUUUCAUGAUCUAAAUUGGAGUUCGUCAAGUUAAUGGAAGUAUGUGGGUGGCUCGAUACUUUUGGUAGUGAGUUUAAGUACAUUGCCUUUUCUGGUGACAGUGAUAAAGUUCAAUGCACUUCAGCAAGUUUAUGAAGAUCUUUGGUUGGUUUGUAUAUCUUUGCUUAUUGAUCAUUUAUUUGGUCCAGUUGUUUGCUACAUCCAGAAGAGGUCAAAUUUUAUGAAGUCUUUAUUGUAAUGAGUGUCAAAGUUCCUUACUUCUGAAAGUAGCUCAAAAGUUCAAUGUUAUUUAGCACAAUUUAGUGAAUAUUGUGUUUGUGGGGAUUGAUUAUUUGUCUUCCUUACUUCUGAAAGUAGCUCAAAAUGUAUUGGUUAAAUUACUUGGUUAUUUAAAGUUCAUAG